AUGGGACCAGGCAAGAACCAGGCAGCACAGGCCGACGUGGUAGAAGCCUCAUCAGCCCUCGCCUCAACUUGGAUCAUCGGACAAGCUGGGCUCGUAGCCAUAACCCUAGGCACCAUCAGUGAAUGGACAUGUGUUCGUAGUCGACAAGCUCAGGCAACCUACUCGCGUCAAGUCGUAGAGUCAACGCCCAGUGCUGUCGGUGAUUCCACCAUGGGGAUGAACACUGAUGGCGAGGAGAUGGGUCCGGGAUCAACAUUAACAGAUGGAGUCAAGGAUACUGAGAAACCUUGCGGGUUUGAACAAGGGAUUGAAAAUGAGAAGAGCCUUCCUCAAGAAUCUGAUGGUGACGUAGGAAUUCAAGAUCAGAAAACGGCCAAGGGAACCGGUAUACCGCUGAUCAAACCGCAGCAAAACAUGCCAUCACAACAUAUUUCAGUUGGUUUGAAUACUGAACCCAAAGAAGCACAUGGUGGAGGAUAUAGUAUUACUCUUACAUUACUGCGACCUGAUGCAGAUAUAGAGGACAUAAAUUCAGGGCUUUCACACGGCGCUCAUGAGUCCCACGAUACCGACGCAUCUGCUGAUGACAAGUGCGUCCUAAUGGAAGAAUCUUCCCUGCAGCCAGGAGAAAUCAUGGAAGUCUUAGAGACUGAUACGAACGAUGAUUGGGAUGCAAUGUAUAACACGCUACUGGAUGAAAUAACUGCCGAGAUGGUUGCUACAGCAAUCACCGAGUUGAAGGACCGCAAUGGCUCCUCGCUGCAAGCAAUAAAGAAGUAUAUCGCUACCAUCGCUGCAAGUGCAUUCACACUAGAGCUACCAUCCAACCCUGACAUAGACCAGGUGGAUGAGGAAGGAUACACACCGCUCUACACGGCAUCUUUAGAAGGCCACCUCGAAGGUGUUCAUGAUCUGAUUUCACGGGGAGCUAACCCAAAUAAACCAAGUAAGGGUGGGCGCAGUCCUCUUCAUGCAGCUGCUCAAGAAGGACAUGCACACAUCGUUGACUUCCUCAUCCUGCAGGGAGCGGACGUGAAUGUCGAAUGUGAACGGGGUAGGACACCUCUUCAUACAGCGGCUGCACAUGGUUAUGUUGACAUCCUAGAGAGCUUCAUUGCAGAAGGACAUGAUUUGAACCAAGAAGAUAACACCGGAUGGACAUCAUUCAAUGCAGCCGUUCAGGAGGGUCAUCUAAAAGCCGUGAAAUACCUCAUAACUGAAGGGGCGAAGCAGAACAGAUAUGCUGGUAUGACCCCACUCUAUGCCGCAGCAGAAUUCGGUCAUAUAGACCUUGUGAAAUUCUUCAUUUCCAAAGGAGCCGAUGUAAACGAGGAAAAUGAUACAGGACGGACUCCUCUCCACGGUGCAGUUGCUCGAAAUCACUUAGAAGUCAUGGAAUAUCUCAUUCAGCAAGGAUCUGAUGUGAACAAGAGUGAUGCUAAGGGUUGGACACCAUUCAAUGCUGCUGUUCAAAAUGGUCAUCUAGAAUCCGUCAAAUAUCUCAUGACUCAAGGGGCGAAGCAGAACAGAUAUGCUGGAAUGACCCCAUUGUAUGCUGCAGCAGUAUUUGGUCAUUUGGAUGUUGUCAGAAACUUAAUUUGGAAAGGAGCUGAUGUGAAUGAGGAAAAUGAAAAAGGAGAUAUUCCUCUCCUUGGUGCCGCUGCUAAAGGUCACCUUGGCGUAAUCGAAUAUCUCAUUCAGCAAGGGUCUGGUGUGAACAAGGAAAAUAACACUGGGUGGACGCCAUUCAACGCUGCAGUUCAAAAUGGCCAUCUAGAAGCCGUCAAAUAUCUCAUGACUGAAGGAGCGAAGCAGAACAGAUAUUCAGGUAUGACUCCACUCUAUGAGGCAGCACGAAUUGGUCAUUUAGACCUCGUCAAACUUUUCCUCAGUGAAGGAGCUGAUGUGAACGGAGAAGUUUACACAGGGAGAAUUCCUCUCCACGGUGCAGCUGCUCGAGGCCACGUGAAAGUCAUGGAAUAUCUCAUUCAGCAAGGAUCUGAUGUGGACAAGGCAGAUGCCGAUGGUUGGACUCCAUUCAAUGCUGCUGUUCGAAAAGGCCAUCUAGGAGCCGUCAAAUAUCUCAUGACUAAAGGAGCGAAGCAAACCAAAAGUGCUGGGAUGAUCCCAGUCUACAAUGCAGCAUAUUCCGGCCAUUUAGAUAUAGUAAAAUAUUUCGUAUCCAAAGGAACUGAUGUGAACGAAGAAAAUGAUGAUGAUGGAAUGACUCCUCUCCAUGGUGCAGCUGCCAGCGGUCGCAUGGCAGUCAUGGAAUAUCUAAUCGAGCAAGGAUCUGAUGUGAACAAGAAAGAUAACACUGGGUGGACACCUUUCAAUGCUGCUGUUCGAAAUGGCCAUCUAGAAGCCGUCAAAUAUCUCAUGACUAAAGGAGCGAAGCAAAACAGAUGUGAUGGGAUGACCCCAGUCUACAGUGCAGCAUAUUGUGGCCGUUUAGAUAUAGUACAAUUUUUCAUAUCCAAAGGAGCUGACGUGAACGAAGAAGAUGAUGAUGGAAUGACUCCUCUGCAUGGUGCAGCUGACAGCGGUCGCAUGAAAGUCAUGGAAUAUCUCAUUCAGCAAGGUUGUGAUGUCAACAAGAAAGAUUGCAAAGGUCGGACGCUAUUACAUGCUGCAGUCGAAAACGGUUAUUUGGAAGUUGUCAAAUUUCUUGUGGCGAAAGGAGCUAAGGGUACCACGUUUUACGGAUUGACCCCGCUGUACAUCGCAACACAAUAUGACCAUACCGAUGUGGUAAACUUCCUAAUCUCCAGUGGAUAUGAUGUGAACGAAAGAAAUGACAGCGGCAAGUCCCCUCUUCAUGCAGCAUGUUACAAUGGUAAUAUGGAUAUCGUGAAAUUUCUCAUUCGGCACAACGCUAAUGUCAAUGAACAAGAUCAUGAUGGAUGGACACCACUAGAAGCAGCUGCACAGGAAGGACACCACGACAUAGUCGAUUACCUCGCAUUGAAUGGAGCAGACAUCCACGUGAGGGACAUAGAUAACUUGACGCCGCUCCGAGCAGCAACAAACACAACCCAUCCACAUGCAAUAGAAGGUAUCUCACCUUCUAGGGGUGACCCGGAUGAGGAAGAAACAGAAGAUCCACGAUCUGGAGGCCACCAGAAUAUCAUCACAAGAGGAUAUGUGACAGUGACAAUGAAGGAUGGACAAACACAUUUAGAAUCUCAGGUAGACAUUGCAGAUGAGGGGUAUGACUGUAUUCAAGCUGAUAUUUUGGAGAGAGGAGCCGAUGAACCCUCCUUGAAGAGUCUCCCCACAAGGACCACUGAUGAUGAAAAGGGUGGCCAUAAAGAAUGCAAUCCUUUCAUUCAUGCUAAGCUGAAACUUCCUGACAAGGGUGAACAAGAUCCCAUGCUAGAUCAGAUGGAAGCAAUUAAGUGCACCGGGACAAUGGAAAGAGACACCACAACAAAUGGCACGGACUGUUCUUCCCCGCAUGCACCUCAUACAUGGCAAUACAGUGGAUUCGAUUCACCCUUUCUACAAACCAUGGAGACUGACGGUCAUCCUUCUGAUCAACCGGAAUCCAAAUGUUACUCACUAAUUGACGAAAACAAGGGUGAUUCCAAUAUGGGAGUAAACACUGAUGGCGAGGAGAUGGGUCCAGGAUCAUCAUCAACAGAUGGAGUCGAGCUCACUGAGAAAUCUGGCGAGUUUGAAAAAGAGGCUGAAGAUGAGAACCUUCCUCAAGACGCUGGAGGUGACGUAGGAAUUCAGGAACGGAAAAUGUAA